AUGGGCAUUGUGCCAGCAAUGCUGACGACUGACCAAGUCAUCGGGGAUGUGACCAUGAUGCUGCUGAGUCCAGCUGCUAAUUGCUCAUUGUGUGCUAAAGCUGAACUCAAAGCAACAUCAACCAUGAGACUGUCCCUGUGUGUCCUGCUGGUCACUCUGGCCCUUUGCUGCUAUGAGGCAAAUGCAAGAAUCUGUCCAGCUUAUAUUUCUGAACAUAGAAGCUUACUUUUAGACUCUGCAAAGCUGUACAACAUCAAUCUUCUGAGAUUUUUUCCAGCUAGAGAAGAUCUUGAGGCCAUGAUGAAUGUGAAGCAAUGCAUAGAUCUUAUGCCCUUCCAAGACAGAAAGAAAAUUGACAAUGUUCUGAAAACUGUAGAGUCCAAAUGUAACAACUAA